GCUGUUUAUCAUAUACGAUUUGCACGUGUAUUUAUUGUUUACAAUCAAAAUGCCGCAGCAAAAUCAACGUAAAUUUAACAAAAAACCAGGCGAUAGUCAUGGUAAAGGUGUUAAAAACCAGCAUGGCGCAAAGUUUAAGCCGAAAUUUAAGGCAAAUAACCCAAAAACGAACAACAAACCCAAUAAGCCGGAAGUUCGGAAGAUGAUACGUCAACAGAAGGCUGCUGAAGCGGAAGCCGAGCGCCAAAAAAUCAAGUCCGAGAAGGAGGAACGCAUCAAGGCAUAUAAAAAGCAACGACUGGAGAAAACUAAAGUCAUCAGUAAGCGUACGCAGCGUGGCCAACCACUGAUGAAGGAUCGCAUGCAGCUGCUGCUAAAGCAAAUCGAGGAGAUGAAGAAACGCUAAGAUGCCCGAGUCAAUCAAGACUACACAAUACUGAUAUACACAUUGGCUGACUUCACGCGUGACUUUAGAAUUAGUUAGUUUUAGCUACACAACAUUAGUUAAUUUAUUAAGGUAAAACUA